AUGGAAUCAGUAAUAGCUGAGAUUGGAGAGCUGCUCAAAAUACAGGAUCGGGCGGUCUCAGAAUUUGUUUAUGACAUCUGUGGCAAAAGUUCGAGCCUUGAACAAUUUCAGGCUAAAGUCGAUGAGCUGGACGUAGGUAUAUCGCACGAGGUGGCUUCAAAAGUGUACGACAUCGCUAAAAGUACCGAGGAAAAUCAGACUGGCAAAGUGGCGCGUGUUUUACAUGACGCACUAUCCCUUGAUGAUCCUGUGGUGGCAGAGUUCAUCGUGGAAAUCUGUUCGAAAUGCUCAUCCUUCGAGGAAUUCAACACAAGUCUGAACACUAUGGAUUGUGGAAUUGGCCCUGAUGUGUCGAGACUCUUGUACGCAGCUAUGGAAGAUCAGAAGCCUAAACAUAGCAACCAGGGAGCCUUGAAUAUGCCUAACGAAAAAAUACAUUGGGACAGCCUUGGUAUUUCAGCUAACAACAACGGACAUGAUGCAACCACUGCAGCUGACAUUGAUGAAAAACCUGUUUUGGGAAAAGUUUAUCCAGGAAUGGUGAAAAAAAUCACCACGUUUGGUUGCUUCGUUCGCAUAUUGGGGAUUCGAAGUUCCCGCUGCGAUGGACUAGUCCAUAUAUCCGAGCUUGCGCCUAGAAGAGUCCGAGAUCCAGCUGAAGUAGUCUCUAUAGCUCAGCGGGUUUAUGCCAAGGUCAUCAAGAUACAGGAAAACGGUAAAAUCUCGCUACGAAUGAAAAGUAUCGAUCAAAAAACAGGAGUAGAAGAGGAGGCCAGUGAAGAACGAGGAAGAAGUGCUUAUUCAAAAGAGGAGUCAAGGCCCAAGAGGAGAUUGACUUCACCUGAAAGGUGGGAAAUUCGUCAACUCAUUUCCAGUGGAGCAGCUUCAGCUGAAGACUAUCCAGAACUCCAGGACGCUUUUGAACAAGAGAGACCCUCUUCAGAAAAAUCCUCAGAUUAUGCAUCGACCGAGGUGGAUGUUGAGCUGAAGACAGAUGAUGAACCCCAAUUCUUGAAGGGCGAGGCCAGCACAUCUCACAAGCUUGAGAUGCCCAAGCUAACAAAAGUUCCACAGGGCUCCCUCACGAGAACAGCGCUCAGUGGCUCCAAUUUGAUGUCAGACCGCCGAGCGGAAAAAAUUCAAAAAACUAAAGAGGUGGAGGCUGAACGACGCAAACACAACCUGAUGGAUGAUCCCAACUCGCGUCAAUCACAGCUAGAGUUCAGCAACAAGCAAGAUAAGCUGUCAGCAUGGGAGCGCAGCAGAAACAGAGAAAACAUCGAAUACGGAAAAAGGACGAAUUUACCGAUCCAAGCUCAACGAGAAUCCUUACCGGUUUUCAGCAUGCGGGAUCAAUUAGUGAAGGCAAUCGGAGAAAACCAAUUUUUAGUAAUUGUGGGUGAAACGGGAUCAGGUAAAACUACGCAAAUAACACAAUAUUUGGAUGAGGAAGGAUUUAGCAAAAAUGGAAUCAUAGGAUGUACACAGCCACGAAGAGUCGCAGCGAUAUCAGUAGCGAAACGUGUUGCUGAAGAAGUUGGAUGCAGGCUGGGCGAGGACGUGGGUUAUACAAUUCGGUUCGAAAAUGAAACUUCUAAUAGAACAAGAAUUAAGUACAUGACGGAUGGUAUGCUACAACAAGAGGUACUGGCUGAUCCUUGUGUGUCAAAAUACGCUGUUAUCUUACUAGACGAGGCUCACGAAAGAACGAUUGCCACUGAUGUCCUGUUUGCACUUUUGAAAGGAGCGGCUGCUAAGAGGCCAGAUUUGAGAAUUAUUGUCACAUCUGCGACUUUGGAUGCUGAAAAGUUUUCUGCUUACUUCUUCGAUUGUCCUGUGCUGAAAAUUCCGGGGAGAACGUUUCCCGUUGAGGUUUUGUAUUCGCAAUCACCGCAGAUGGAUUACAUAGAGAGCACGCUGGAUACAGUUAUGGAAAUUCACAUCAACGAGGGAAGGGGUGACAUUUUAGUCUUUCUGACGGGUCAGGAAGAAAUUGAUACCUGCUGUGAAGUCUUGUACGAGAGGGUAAAAACACUAGGUGAUACCAUCCAGGAAUUAUUGAUUUUGCCUGUUUAUUCGGCACUGCCGAGUGAAGUUCAGUCAAAGAUUUUUGAACCUACUCCACCAAAUUGCAGAAAAGUAAUAUUUGCUACAAAUAUUGCUGAGACGUCCAUCACCAUUGAUGGUAUUUUUUUUGUUGUAGAUCCUGGUUUUUCAAAAGUGAACACAUACAAUCCUCGCAUGGGAAUGGAGCAACUCAUAAUCUCGCCCAUUUCGCAGGCUCAGGCAAAUCAGCGAAAAGGGCGUGCCGGUAGAACGGGUGCUGGUAAAUGCUACAGGCUCUAUACAGAAUCUGCUUUUUUGAACGAGAUGAUGCCUAACACCAUUCCAGAAAUUCAAAGACAAAAUUUAUCCUAUACAAUUCUCAUGUUGAAAGCAAUGGGCAUAAAUGAUUUGUUGAACUUUGAAUUUAUGGACCCACCUCCACGAGUUUCUAUGGUUGGUGCCCUAGAAGACCUUUAUAACCUUCAAGCGUUGGAUGAUGAGGGAAGGUUAUCGAAGCUCGGUGCCCUAAUGUCCCAAUUUCCUAUGGAACCAGCUCUUUCAAAGGCACUAAUAGAAUCUACACGAAGGGGUUGCUCUGAUGAGCUGUCAACAAUAAUAUCUAUGCUGUCUGUGCAGAGCGUAUUUUACCGGCCUCGAGACAAGCAACAAGAAGCGGACAAUAGAAAAGCUCGAUUUCAUCAUCCUUAUGGCGACCACUUGACGUUAUUGAAUGUGUACAACCGCUGGCGGGACGACAACUAUUCAAAGACUUUUUGUGUCAACAAUUUUCUGCACGAAAGGCACUUGAAGAGGGCGAGGGAUGUAAAGCUCCAACUUUUGGGUCUAUUUCAAAAGUUUAGGCUCCCGACUUCAAACAGCAAUGGAGAUAUCGACAUGAUCCGCAGCACGCUAGUAUCUGGAUUCUUCAGAAAUGCAGCCAAGAGGGACUCUCAAACAGGUUACAAAACCAUAUCGGACGGUACUUCUGUGGCUGUGCAUCCUUCAAGCUCGCUAUUUGGUAAGGACUAUGACUAUGUUAUCUACCAUAGCUUGGUUCUAACAACUCGCGAGUACAUGUCUUUUGUCACCGCUAUAGAUCCGCGCUGGCUUGUAGAAAGCGCACCACACUAUUAUAAAGUUUCCGAUGGGGAAAGCGAGUCUCGAAAGAAAGCUAAGAUUGUUCCUCUUCACAAUAAAUUUUCUCAGAACCAAGAUUCGUGGAGGCUAAGCUCGCUGCGGCAGACCAAAGAGAAAGCUCUAGGGAUUAGAAGAUGA